UGUCACAAGUUCGCCUGUGAGUUGUUAUAAACAGAGACUAUUUCUGUUCAACAACUUGCCAAGCUAUGAACUGAAUGGAAGUAAUUUGAUCUGGUCUGAUACUACGAGAUUCAUUGUGGCGAACCCUGGAAUGAACUAAUGACAAAGCAGCAUCAGUGACAGGCGAAUCCAACUUCACAGUGGAUAGCCAUCUCGUCGGAGGAUAUUAGCUAGUCGUAAGUCAGCGUCCGCCUGAAAUAACACCACCUCUGUUGACUGGACGUAUGGUCACCAACAUUAAUAGGGUUCUGUAUUCGUUGGACGUCGCAUUUCACCAUGCACGCCAUUGACUACAUUGUGUCGGCACCAGGGAAAGCCAUCCUUCAUGGGGAGCAUGCUGUCGUCCACGGGAAGGUUGCUCUGGCUGUGAGCUUGGACUUGCGUACAUUCCUGAGGCUUCAGACCACCUCCACAAGUAAGGUCUGCAUCAAUCUGCCCAACAUUGACACAUUCCUGUCGUGGGAUAUUGCGGCACUACAACGUUUACUUCAGGGCACAACAGCUGACCAUAGUAACCUGAAGGAGUUGGAUGGUGACCUGGUGAAGAGUCUGAGGGAGUUGGCUGGAAUAGAGGAAGGGAGCACGGACACGCGCAGCAUGGCAGUCUCAGCAUUCCUCUAUAUGUACCUCUCCACCUUCGGCAAAACAAAGGUGCUUCCUAGUGUUACUGUAACGGUGUGGUCUGAGCUGCCCACGGGCGCUGGCCUGGGCUCCAGUGCUGCCUACUGUGUGUGUGUGGCCGCCGCUCUGCUCUACACACAGGGGGGCAUCUCCUCUCCAUCACCAGGCUCCGAUGGGGAUACAGCAAGGUGGAGUAGUGAGGAGCUGGAGCUGAUCAACCAGCUGGCGUUUCAGGGGGAGAAGAUUAUCCACGGCAACCCCUCAGGGGUCGACAACGCUGUCAGUACAUGGGGAGGCAUAUUAAGAUACCACGCUGGCAAGAUUACUCCGUUGAAAAGGGUGCCAAUGCUGCGGAUCCUUCUCACCAACACCAGAGUCCCACGCAGCACCAAGAUACUUGUUGCCGGUGUGAAGGACAAAAUCAACAAGUUUCCCUCCAUCCUCAACCCAGUGCUGGACUCGGUAGAUGCGGUGUCCUGCACCUGUGAACAGACUCUCAUGGAGAUGGCGAAAGGCGUGCCAACGGCAGAACACUACACCACCUUGGAGGAGUUGAUAGACAUCAAUCAGCACCAUCUGAAUGUGAUGGGAGUAGGCCACCCCUCUCUAGACAUCCUCUGCAGGGUCACUCUGGCGCGGGGUCUCCACAGCAAACUCACAGGGGCCGGAGGAGGAGGCUGCGGCAUCACUCUGCUUAGACCAGACACGGACGCAGUGGUAGUCCAGAGCACCGUUCAGGACCUGAAAGACACGGGCUAUGAAUGCUGGGAGACGAGCAUUGCUGCGCCCGGAAUCCAGCUGCAUUCUUCCCACGCCGUCAAGGAGGAAGCCAUGAAUGUGUUCAACAGAUAUUAACAGCACCACUGAGUGACUGGACUAGGUCAGGACAGCAGCCGCAGCAGCAGAUGGGAUCGUGGGAGGCUGCCGCCAUCAUUAGCGUCAUCACCAGCCCAGCUAACAAGCAAGCACAUGGGCUAGCCAAUGAAUCAAAGGCUGCAUAUCAAUAUCUCUCCUCAAGUCAUGCCACAGAAGCACCAGGAUGAAGGAAACAGUUGUUGGAGAUGAGGUAUUGAGACGGUCUCUCACAGAGUAGCCGUUUCCUUCGAUGAAAUUUGGUGGUAAUCAAUCACUGACCGGAAAACUAGUGUGCCUGUUUUCCAGUCGGGUUUUGCAUAUGACAUUGCACUGUCAAAAUUUUAUCCAGCUUGGGAAAGCCAAAAUAUGGCUCUGCUUUGUGCACCGCAAACUUUUGUUUGCAUUUUGGGAUGCUGUGAUAAUUUAUCAUUUCAUGUGUUUUAAAAGGGCUUUUCAUGCUGUUACGAGUUAUGAAAUUCUAUGAAUGUCAUCAGUAUGGAUUUAUACUGUACAUCCUAUAAAAGUUUGUUUUUAAACUCUGAAAGUUGAGAGGCCAAGGAUUGCCAGUUACAACUGUAAUUACUUCUUUGACCAGCAGAUGGCGGCAUCCAUUCAGCAAACGAGCCCUCGCUUCUACUUUGAAGAAAUUAAUUAUCAGGACUCCACUGAGAGUGAUGUGAGCUGAUCAUCUAACCACAUCAGUUCAUUUUUGACACAUUGUCAAUCAGUCAUACUGUAACAUACUGCCUACGCACAGUGGAUGCCCGUACACACACACACACACACACACACACACAUACACACACAGAGAUAGAGAGAGACGCAGUAAGGCUGAGCAGGUUUGUUUUAAGCAAAAGUCACGGUUGUCUAUCUUUUCCAUACGAAGGAAAACAAUAAAUUGGCCUCUGAGGAUGCCUCCUC